GCUUUUCCUGCUUCCUCCAGCCGAGGCGCAUCAGCAGCAAAGAGAGGCGCAGCUCGGAAAUGUCCCUGACGCUCUCUGCGCACAGGAGAGGAAACCCCCGCACUUUAAGCUCAUCUGGACGGUUCGGACAGCAGCGGACAGACGCUCCUUCUCCCCUGUGAAAAGCGUCUUUGUGAGGACUGAAGGAUGAACAGCAUUCACACUAGGGUGAAGAGCAAGAGGACCGAGCAUCACCUCGGAGCGGAGAGGGACCAUUUUGACAAACAGCAGCUCAGCAGCAUCAGUAAAGCCAUCAACUCCACCGAGACACCUGUGAAGGAGAAACAUGCAAGACGAAUCAUCUUGGGGACACACAGGGAGAAAGGGGCCUUCACCUUCUGGUCCUAUGCUCAGGGUUUUCCUCUGGGCACCAGCUCCAUUCUGUGCUGGAAGUUCUGCCACGUGCUGCACAAAAUCCUGAGAGAUGGCCACCGCAAUGUUCUUCAAGACUGCAUGCGGCAUCAUGGUUCUCUAGCUGAAGUUGGAAAACUGUGGAGCCACCUCCACGACAAAUAUGGACAACUUGUGAGUCUGUAUAUCAAGAUGCUCUGCACAAAGCUGGAGUUUCAUGUGAAGCAUUCAGAAAUCCCCCCGAACCUGGAGGUGAAGGAUGAAGUGUUGGAACGCACUGCAGGGACAGAUAUUAAUAAUGUGUUCCAGCUCACAGUGGAGGUGUUCGAUUACAUGGACGCAGAACUCAAGGUGGCUGAGACAGUGUUGCGUCAGCUGAACUCUUCCAUCGCCGUCACCAGCCUCACAUCGGGCCAGUGUCGCCUGGCUCCGCUCAUCCAGGUGGUCCAGGACUGCAGCCAGCUCUACCACUUUAACGUUAAGCUACUCUUCAAGCUUCAUGCCUGUCUGCCUCCUGAUACCUUACAAGGACACCGUGACCGGUUCCGUGAGCAGUUUAACAGCCUGAAAACCUUCUUCAAUAGAGCCAGAGAGAUGGUGUAUUUCAAGAGGCUGAUCCAGAUUCCCAGGCUGCCUGAUUCUCCACCUAAUUUCCUGCAUGCAGCAGCUCUGGCCAAACAUGUGAAACCGGUGGUUGUCAUCCCUGAUGAUGAUGACCAACAGGACGAUGAUGACGACGACCCAGAGCCGCUCAUCGAGGUCAGCGAUACCCCAACGCCCAGCCUGCAGUCUCAGCCACAGGUUGACAUAUUUGAUCAGGCAUUUGGACCUCCAAAUGGAGGCUUCGAUGAAAGGGAUCUGCAGAUUGAAAGCCUGAAGUCAGAACUUGAGCUACUAAGGGCAGAGCUGGAGAAAGUGAAAACAGAGGCCCAGCGCUAUGUCACGCAGCUCAAGUCCCAAAUCAACAGUUUGGAGGCUGAGCUGGAAGAGCAGCGCAUGCAGAAACAGCGUGCACUGGUGGAAAACGAGCAGUUGCGCAUGGAGCUGGAGGUAACCCGCCGCCGGAACGCGGAGCAGGAGAGCUUGCAGAGCACCUUUAUCGAGGCAGAGAAGAAAGCACAGGCCACCGAGCAGCGAUACAAUAAACUAAAAGAGAAACACACGGAGCUGGUGGCCAGCCAUGCUGAACUGCUCCGCAAGAGUGCAGACACUGUGAGGAUGCUGUCAGCCACCCAGCAGACUCAGGAGGAAGUGGAGAGGACAAAGCAGCAGCUGAGUUUUGAGGUGGAACGGGUCAAACAGGAGGCAGAUAUGAAGAUGGAAGAGCAGAAAUUUGAGAUGGAGCGACUAAGGAGGGAGCUUGAAGAAAAGAUGGCAGAGGUGAAUCGGGUCAAGGCGACUCUGCAGAGCAGCGAGAUGACUUCGUUGGAAAGGAACAGCAACUUGACGGCUCUGCAGGCGGAGAAGGAGCGUCUAAUGCGUUCUGUGAAAGAGAAGGAGGCAGAGCUGUCGUCUCUGCGGCAGGAGUCGCAGCUGCAGCAGUCCUCGCUUCAGCAGGAAAGGGAGAAGAGCAGCAGGGAGCUGGGAGAGCUGCAGAGCAAGCUGAGAGAGAAGACCAGUGUGGAGGAGCAGAUGAAGAAGAAGCUUUUGGAGGAGCAGUUUGCAAUUCUUCAAGGCACUAUAACAGAAGCUGAGAAUAUCAUUCAAGAUGCUGUUGCCAAGCUGGAUGAUCCUCUGCACAUACGCUGCACCAGCUCUCCAGAUUAUCUCAUAAAUCGGGCAGAGGCCACACUGAGCUCCAUAGACAAAAUGAAAAAGGGACACACAGAUUAUCUGCGUAACAUGGAGGACGCCGGCGGACUGCUGAGGUCUCUGACCCAGUUCUCCCACUUGGCUGCGGACACUAUCGUUAAUGGCAGCGCAACUGCACACCUGGCACCCAUUGACCAAGCAGAUCGACUGACUGAGAACUGCAGAGGCGCUGCCACUCAGAGCCUGCAGUAUCUAAAGGAUCUGAAAUCGAAGAGCAGUCUGCAGAGAGCUGAUCCGGCUUCUAUUCGAGUCAUCGUGCAGAAGAUCCUGCACCUGGGUCAGGAGCUGCGACCGAAAGGAAUGGACAUCCGUAAGGAGGAGCUGGGAGAUAUGGUUGAUAAGGAAAUGGCAGCAACCUCAGCAUCUAUUGAGGAGGCUGUACGCAGGAUUGACGAAAUGAUGAAUCAAGCACGAAAAGACACAUCAGGAGUAAAACUGGAGGUCAAUGAAAGAAUUCUCAGCAGCUGCACAGAUCUGAUGAAGGCCAUUCGCAUGCUGGUCAUAGCGUCCACAGACCUGCAGAAGGAGAUCGUUGAGAGUGGGAGGGGUGCUGCAAGCAUUGGGGAGUUCUACGCCAGAAACUCUCGCUGGACCGAGGGACUCAUCUCUGCUGCCAAGGCUGUGGGAUGGGGAGCCACUGAGUUGGUAGAGUCGGCUGAUAAGGUGGUACUGCACACGGGGAAAUAUGAGGAGCUGAUAGUCUGCUCUCAUGAGAUCGCUGCGAGUACAGCACAGCUGGUAGCAGCCUCAAAGGUUAAGGCUGACCGCAGCAGUAAGAGGCUGGGCGUUCUCCAGCAGGCCUCUCGUCAUGUCAAUGAGAUGGCAGCUAAUGUGGUGGCCUCUACAAAGACGGGUCAGGGAAAUCUGGAAGAAAAAGAGUCCAUGGACUUCUCUGGGAUGUCUCUCAUCAAGUUGAAAAAAGAGGAAAUGGAGUCACAGGUCAAAGUGCUGGAACUGGAGAGUCAGCUAGACAACGAGCGUCUGCGGCUGGGUGAGCUCAGGAAGAAACACUACAACCUGGCCGGAGUUCCUCUGGACCCGGUUUCCGAGCAGAACGGUGACAGCCCAUCGCUGGAUAAUACUCCUCGUUCUCUCACCGCGUCCCCGAAACCCAGCAAGCCCCCGCUCGGAAGGAAACCCACACUCACUCAAAAACCCAGCAUACCAUCUAAACCUUCGUUCAAGUAAAUGCAGAAGAUGGGAAUGCUUCACUGCACAAUGACUGGAUAGAGAAGAGAAGCAGAAAGCCCUUUUUUGUGAAUAUGCAGCUCUUUUUAGUUGCAUACAGAAAGUAGGGUGUCAACCUUCUUCUUGUCAAUUUUCUUUAAUUCCAUUCCUUUUUCCUUAUUUGUUUGCCAUAAUGACCCAAAAGCCUUUUUUUUUUUUUUUACUCUUAAUGCAUGUAGGGAAUUCUGUGUAUCCCCAUUCUUCCUUAUAUUUUUAAUGUUUGAUAUUAAAAACAUUUUAUUGUAGGCAUUUUUUAAAUUAUUUUCUGUAUCAUAAACAGUUUGAAAAUUGCACCAACUGCUCCUUUUUUUUUUCUAGAAUGUAAACUUCAAUCUAGCGCACAAAUCAGCAGCAUAUCUUGUAGACGAAGAGCCAGAUUUGAUCAUGUUUAUGGCAGCCUUAUUGCACACUCUCAGAUCACAUUGUUUUCUUGUUAUUCUCUGUUUGGUAUUAUUUAUCUUUUGAUGUUGGUUGAUGGCGGUUUGGGAAUCACUUGGUGUGUUCAUGUUGUUGCAGAAGUCUAACAUACCUCUAGCUUUGCCUUGAUGUUUAAAUUUGCAGGUUUUUUGUUGUUUCUUAACUGGACAAGUUUGUACCAGAUGCCUUUGAAUAAUACUUUAUAAAUGCAUUCAAUAUUGCCUGUAAAGAUAUGCAGUCUGUACAGGAGACCUCUACUUACACACUACACUUACUGUAUCUCAUGAAUGUCCCUUUACAAGAGGAGGAUGGAGAUAUAAUAGAUAAACCUAAGGGUUGCACAUAUCAGCUGUAGGUGUCCUUAUUAAACGCUUCUUCAAUGCUGAAUAUCUAUAUUUAGUUGAGUGUCUUUUGAAUUUAGGAGCGUUUCCUACAAGGUUUUAAAACAGUUUUUUUUUUUUUUUUUGGUCCCUACUUAGUCUUUUUACUCUCAGAUCUAUUAAUAUAUAUUUUAGUAAAGAUGCUGGUGUUUUUUUUUUUUUUCUUGUAAGA